CUUGUGUCUUGUGUCGGAACGUGCAACAGUUCUACAGCUCUUGUAGAGGUAGUAUUGUUUGUAUGAUAGAUUGGUCCAGAGGAAUACAUAGUUCCUGAGAUAAGAAGUUCAUAAUGCCUCUGUCUCCCAAAUGCAGUAAUUAACAGAUGCGGGUGAAAGAUCCAUCAAGGGCUAACCCUGAGAAAACCAAGAGAAACAAAAGGCCUAAUAAGCCACAGGAUGAAGACUCUUCAGAUGACAUUGCAGGCUUAACCUGCCAACAUGUAAGUCAAGCAGUGGAUGUACAUCUUGUAAAGCGGGCAGUAGCUCAGAAUGUUUGGUCAAUAUGUUCAGAAUGUUUGAAGGAAAGACGAAUAAGCGACGGAGAACUAGUAAUGCCUUCUGAUAUAUGGCUGUGCCUCAAAUGUGGUUCUCAGGGCUGCAGUCAAAACUCGGAAGGCCAGCAUUCUCUGAAACACUUUCAGACAUCACACACAGAGCCUCAUUGCAUUGUGGUAAAUCUCAGCACAUGGAUCAUAUGGUGUUAUGAAUGUGAUGAAGAGCUGUCUACCCAUUGCAACAAGAAGGUUUUGGCUCAGAUAGUUGACUUUCUUCAAAAGCAUGUUUCCAGGACUGAACCUAGUUCCUCCUCAAAAAUCAUACGACUUCGUGAAGAAAAGAGUGAUGCAAGUGAAAUAUUGAAAGGAAAAGGCUCUGCAAAUGGUGCAUUGAUUCCUGUUAAAGGAAUAAACAAUUUAGGGAAUACGUGUUUUUUUAAUGCUGUCAUGCAGAACCUGGCACAGACUCACAUAUUAAAUGAACUAAUGUAUGAGAUGAAGGAAAAGGGAACAAAGUUAAAAAUCAGCCAAGUUACAGAUUCUCAACUGGAUCCGUUGGUGGUGAACCUCUCAAGCCCUGGACCUCUGACUUCUGCCAUGUUCUUGUUCCUUCAUAGCAUGAGGGAGGCUGGAAAAGGUCCUCUUUCUCCCAAAAUUCUGUUCAGCCAGCUCUGUCAAAAGGCCCCUCGGUUUAAGGGUUUCCAACAGCAGGAUAGCCAAGAGCUUCUCCACUACUUGUUGGAUGCAAUGAGAACAGAAGAAACAAAGCGGAUACAAACUGGUAUCUUAAAAGCAUUCAAUAAUCCAACCACUAAAACAGCAGAUGAGGAAACUAAAAGAAAAGUCAAAGCAUAUGGAAGAGAGGGUGUGAAGAUGAACUUCAUAGAUAGGAUCUUUGUUGGUGAAUUGACUAGCACUGUCAUGUGUGAGGAAUGUGAAAAUAUUUCCACAGUAAAAGAGCCUUUCAUUGAUCUUUCACUUCCUAUAAUAGAGGAGAGGGUCUCAAAACCUGUGCCUUUGGGAAGGACAAGUAAAGGUAAAACUGCACAGGAAGUGGAUUUUGGUCACUACAAUUGCCCUUCUGUUACUGCUCUGAAUAACCAGCAAGCAAAAAUCACUAAGAAACGCUCGUUAACAAAAGAUAAGAAUCAGUUAAAUUAUGAAAGACGUCUUUCCAGAAAAUCCUCCUCUGGUGGGGAAGAUAGAAGUCCUGUUAUCAUGCAUGAAAAAGAUGAUAAGCUUGAAGCAGAAUGUGGCUCUGGAGUUCUGUAUUCAGAAGACACAAUUCCUGAGUCUGCAGUAAAUGGAAGUCAGACUGAAGGCAGUGAAAAAGAUAUCAGUUGUUCUGAAAGUAGUGUUGAUGCAGACAGCGAAGCCUCGGAAGGUGAAAGUGCUUCUACACAGUCACUUUUUGGCACAUCCAGUAACACAUCUGGUUUGCAUGUCGACCGGCUCAACCAUUUAUCAGGAAAUGUCAAACCACCAAACAGCAAACCAAGCGAUAGUCACAAUGAGGUGACUGUUAUCACUGCCAUAUCCAAACUCAGCCUCAGCGAUACUGUAAAAGAAUGUGAAGAGACCAUCACUGGGGAUUCACCAUUAAGUUUGUCAAGCAAUUCAAUGUUUUCAAUGGAAAAGUCCCCUGUGUCCAAAAACCCCCAAAAUGCUUUUCAGACCCUUUCUCAAACAUAUUCAACUAGCUCUAAAGAAUGUUCUGUUCAGUCCUGCCUCUACCAGUUUACAUCUGUGGAGCUGUUAAUGGGGAACAACAAGCUUUUAUGUGAGAGGUGUACAGAAAGGAAACAGAAGUAUCAAAAGAAAACAAACUCCACAGAAAAGAAAAUGGAAGGUGUGUACACUAAUGCCCGGAAACAACUGUUAAUUUCUGCAGUUCCUGCCAUUCUUGUUCUCCAUCUGAAAAGAUUCCACCAGGCUGGUUUGAGUCUGCGGAAAGUAAAUAGGCACGUGGAUUUUCCACUGGUUUUAGACCUAGCACCAUUUUGUUCUGCUUCCUGCAAGAAUGUGACAGAUGGAGCAAAAGUUCUAUAUAGUCUUUAUGGAAUCGUAGAACACAGUGGUUCAAUGCGAGGUGGUCACUAUGCAGCAUAUGUGAAAGUCCGAUCACCCUCCAAGAAAUUACUGGAGCAUAUUUCUAUCAAUAAAAAUGGUCUAGGUUUAAAAGAAGCUGUAGGAGCAUCCACAGGACAAUGGGUAUAUGUUAGUGAUAUCCAUGUACAAAUGGUUCCCGAAUCAAGAGUUUUGAAUGCACAAGCUUACCUGCUUUUUUAUGAAAUAAUAUUAUAAAAGUGUUCAUCAAUUUAAUUUAAAAAUUAUAAUGGUUAUUUAGUCUAUAUUAUUUAAACGCUGUAUUGGCUACAGUACCUGCAAGUAUUGUGCCUUUAUCUGGCCUCUUGUAGAGAGCUUACCCUAUGUUGAAUCUAAAUAUCGCUCAAGUUUAUCAUCUAUAUCUAAAUGCCUCCUUUAAAUAUGCACUUUGUCUUGAAAGUUCCUAAAUUCAGCUAGAGAGAAACAGACUUGAGUGGAUCUGAGAUGUGGUAUAAAAAUACUCUGUUGAGGUCACUGGAAGGUUUGCUGUUGACUUCAGCAGAGCCAAGAUGUUAAAACAGUAAAGAGUAAAAAUGAGAUGGGUAAUAUUAAGUGCCUGGGUUCCUUGAUGGAAAGUAAUAAUGCAAAAUGCUUUACCUUCAUUGGGAUUUAGCCCAGACCAGACCAAGGGCUGGGUUAGAUAUUUGAAUUUAAGGAUUCUGCAGAACAAAAUGGAACUGAUUAGACUGUGAUACUAGACUAAGCAGCUGGAAAUCAGUGAGAUCCUCACUGAAAUGACAGUGGUUGGAUAAUGUCACAAUGUAGUUUUCUGAUAUACUGUUAUGAAGCAAUUUAAAAUAUAGUGUCUGCCUGUUAAUGCUUCCUAAUGAUGAAUAAAUUAUUUAAGGUGUGAAUACUUGUAAACACCAUUUAAGUCUAAGAUGCUUCCUCUGAGCCACUGCUGAUUGGCAUUAAAAAAUACCCUGGUAUAAACACACCAUAAAUCUAUUGUUUUCAAGUCUAAUGGCUUAAUAUAUUUAUUGGGAAAUAAGAGAAUUACAAAUAGUUCUAUAUUAUUAAACACUCAUUUGCUGUUUUUUGCUACACGUAAAGUUUAUUGUGAGCUUGUAUGAGAGCAUAAAUGGAAUUGUUCAAGGACGACAGUAAUUCUAUUACUGUUAGUUCUGAAAACUUAUUAGUUCAUCUGUUACUGAUUUAUGUUUCUCACAUAAGGAAUUAAUUACAAAUUAUUUUUGUAUUGUGUGUGUGAGUGGAGUGGCAGACAACUCAGGUGUAUGUGACAACUCAGGUGUAUGUAUCUUCCUUUUGUAGUCAGCUAUGUCAACUGUCCGAAUUUGCCAGUAAUAUUCCUGCGUCUUUUGGUGUUCUGAAAACUUACCGCCUGCGGCACCUGUGCUGCUCUUUUCCCAGUUCAUAAUAGAUGAUGAUGGUUGUCAAUGUUUGACAUUAAAAUUAAUUUUUUUUCACAUUUUCUUCUAAAUAAUCUGUUAAUGUAUUUUACCAGCUGAUUGUUUAUAUCAGGUAGCUCAAAGAUUACAACCCAUCCAUCCCAAAAGUACCUGUAUUUGGUAAAUAAGCUUUCACUUCCAUUUCAAUUUACUGUUUUCAUCUAUGGAAACAUUGUGUUUCAUGGUGAAAAUUGCCAGUCCUCCAAGCACUACCAGCCUUGCCACAGAACUCUCAGGACUUCAAGCUGCUAUAGCAGAUUUCUGGUAACCAUCUCUGUGUAUAAGGAUGUGCAUCCUGGAAAGCAGGAGACUCUACCAUGGCUAUAUAGCUCUGAGUCAAGAAGCAGCAGUUGGUCAGGGGGCUUUGUAUUUCAUGGCCAUAUACUAUGCCAUGUGAAUCUACUUGUUGAAUGGCAGGGGGCUAAAUAACCAUAAUGUAUAGGUAGUAGAUAGAGGGAAUCUAAUGGCCAGCUGGAGCAUUUAGUCAAGUGGGAUUUGUCAGGUAACAAAGUUGAGGUUAGGUCAAAAUUAGCUAAUAUACGUUAGCUAAAUCAGGGCUGUCCAAAUCCUGAGUGGCUGGGACCCAUGUGCCACAUGGAACAUCCCCUUCUGUCUCAGUCCCUCCAUACUGCUACAGCUUUGCCUGGUAGCACCCAAGCUGCAGCUGGACCAGUACCCUCUGCUGCCUGCCUAUGUACAGAGGUUUCCUGGCUCCAAGCUCCCUACCCUGCCCUGCCCCAAGUGUUCUAGUUCUCACCUGCCAAUCAUGAGGGGGGAGUGCUACUGCACUGCCACUUCCAGCAGCUGCUUUAGGACAGGCCAUUCCUCAAUGGGGCUGUGUUGUGGUGUAGGGGAACCCCGGUGCAUGACAACUUGCAGCUCCCCACACACACCAGCUCACAUGUCCACGGGGCUGCAAGGAGCCAGGGUGGGUAGGCAGGACAUGGCUUUUGCCAUUGCAGGAAUUGCUGCCAGUGUGUGUGCACAUGGUGCGUGUGCGUGUGUGUGUAUACACACAAUAGCAGAAGGAAUAGGGGAAGUGGUAGCUGAGCAGGAGCUUGUAGGCUGAGAGUUAACCCCUUGCAGGCCAUGGGUUGGACAGCCCUGAGCUAAACCAUUUUCCUGAGAUAGAUUCAAAUCAAUACCCUUUACCUUAAUAUAGCUGAUAGGCUCCCUUGAGGAUUGACUUUUAGGGGCCAGAUCCUAUUCCAUUUAUUGAGUGUCCAAAUGAAUUUAGGCACCUAAGUGUGAUUCGUUGUUCAAGUCUCGGAAAAUCCAUUAAUGCAUCUGCUUUUGUAACACACCAGCAUCUUAUUCUAAAAGUGAAUCACAAAAAAAGCAGCAAAGAGGAGGAGGACCAACCCACCUUUUUAUUAACUUUUUCAGGAACCAGAGCAGAAUGUCAUAGAAUCGCACGUAGGCACUUAAGUCCACUUACACACCUAGUAAGUAGAACAGAACUUGGCUUUAAGUGUCAUGUUCUCCCACAUAAAUAAAUAUAAAAUGUAUUAACCUGAGUCUACAUUAGGAAAAAGUUAAUGGUUACUUUGUCACUAACUAACAGAUUAACUAAUCUCCACACCUUUUCUAGCAAGCCACACUGCUUAUAGAGAGCUGCUCUUUUUUUUUUGCUUUUAUUUCUGUGUAGUUGGUCAAACCUCUGACAGUCCUCUGUGGGACUCCCAACAAGCAGCUGGUGCUUCUUGAAUGCUAAAAAAGAGAAUCUUCUCCAUAGAGCAUCCUAGGCUUAUACAUCAGGGUUCAGGAACUGCAAUAUAUAAAUCCAUAUUAAUUUGCCGCAUUAUUUUUAUCCAAAUGCUAUUUCCUUGGGUGUGAAAGUGAGAGAAAUCUUCUUGGCCCCUGUUUGCUUCUCCAUUUGGUUUUGUCUUGGGGUUUUUGUUUAGUUUGUUUGGGUUUUCUUGGUUGGGUGAGGUGGGCAAUUUAGUGCUCCCUUUCCCUGCUACCAUGCUGCUUUCUCUCCCUUUUUAAUCCCCAAGUAUCCUUGUUUGUGGGUUUCCAGUAGUUGGUGCUUUAUGCAUUUGUCAAAUGCUUUGAGAUAUCUUGUGAAACUUUGAAAUUCCACCCCUGUAGACUUUAUAAAUAACACAAACUGAAAUCCUAAAGACCCAAGAAAUGAAUGUGUCUGUAUCUACUAGCAAAAACAGGAUUCCUAAAUAUUUUCAAGUAAGAGUUUUUACAACAGAAAUUAAAUGCCUGAAGUUUAUUUUUAAAAAUUGCCUUCUGAAGGCAAAAUCUAACCUCAAGUGAUUUAGGGGUGGUAAAGGGAAUUUGGAUGCAUUUGCUCAAAUAGAAAGAACAGUUAGCAAAUCUGAACAUUAGUUAGAAAAUGGCCAUUUGGGUAUUUUAACACCAGAUGGCACAGCUGUGUAAUUGCUCUCAUGAAGCAGAAUUUUCUGAGGAUAUAUCCUGUAGGUGUGACAUUAAUUUUUCACUGCAGAGAGUUGGUAUUUGGUUGUACUCUUGCAUAUCUACAUACAUUUGCACACAUAUUUACAAAUCUAUAUGAACAGGACACCAUCAAGCUGGUCACUUACAACUGUUUGACUCCUGUCUAGUUUUACAGUGAUGUUUUACCAUUCCUUUUAAAAGCUUUUCUAUCCCACGUUACCACGUAAAAACACCAAAAAGAACAAUGGGAAACUGAUGGUCCACAAAGGGUCAUCCUUGGAGUAAAUAAAUGGGAGUAAUCUUUAAUUUCUUUCAAUUGUAAUAAUCCUUAGGAGGUGUUUGUUUCAAAGUAAAUUGUUUUCAGACUCACAUGAUUUUUAAACCGAUGGUGUCCCUUUAAGGUGAAUCAUUUUUCUUGCACAAUCUUUUGGCAAAAGGAAGACUAGCAGAUUUUAUUUUGUAUAUGCAGUGAUAAGCUUAAUUAUAACUGUGUGUUUUUACAGUUACUUGGGUUAUAUAGUGUUUAUAUAAAUUGUCUAUGGAAAUAAAAUUAUUUGUAAUAGAAGAGAAAUACAAGAGUAUAUAUUUUUAAUCAUCAAGUAUAUUUUAAUCCAUUUAUCGCAGCUUUUUGUUUUGUUCCAUGAUGUUUAUAAUAUAAAAUAUCAAUACUAUUUGCUUUUUAAAAGUAAAUGGAAAGUCCCUGCAUAUUCUGUCUGUGAAAGCAUUUAUUUUGAUUAUAUUUAUUUAAGUGUAAAAUGUUUAUCCCAUCAUUUAUGGUGGUGUUUAACUGGUUUCUGCACUGUGUAACUUGAAACUGUAUUGAGCUCCCUGUAGUCAGACCCCUGUGCCUGCACUCAGACCCCUGUUACAUAGUUGGAUAACUAAUACCCUGAUUAAGACUCUGAUUCCACAUGCAUUUGUGUGUGUGAGUAGUCUCAUUGCAUUCAAAUUAUUUGCAUGUAUAAGAGGUGCAGGAUUAUGGGUCUAAGUAAUAAUAAUAAUAAAAUUUGUGACAUACUAGUUUGUUUAAGCAUAACGUUAAGGGGAAAAUACAUCUUCAACUUGUGAAUCAUUUUUGUUUUUCUCCUUUCCACCAGCUUUUGCUUUAAUACAAAAGCUUUUACUGUUAUUUAAGUGGAUAUUUAGAUGUUCCAUAAGAGCCUUUUUAGGUAUUUAGUAUAAGUUUGGAAUGCUUCUUUCUUUUAAGAUUUUAUUUGUACGCUUUGUUUAUAAACUAAUAAUACUGAAUUGCAUUGGUAAAAUAAACAGCAAACUAGGUAUCAGAAAUCAGUUUUUACAGUUUGCUUAAUGUUGGAAUUUUUUUUUUAUAUCCUCAAGCACUGUAUCAAAUGCUUUCACAUAUAAGUUUUCUCAGAAUAAAGCUACUGCCUGAUUUCUAUACACUUUGUCAUUUGCAUUUACAGUGUAUAUUCUGUACUUGACAUACAUGUGAAUAAAAUAUUUAGAAAACUUUAGUAAGUUCCCCAGAUGUUUAGAAGGUAGAUUGUACAU